AUGGAUAGCCGCGCGUCGAACCUCUCGAACCUCUGGAGUGAGAAAUAUGGCUAUGACUUCGUUGUGGCAACUACACAGGCAAGCAUCAACUCGGAUCUGAGGGUGUUUCUUAGCGAGGAAGACCAACCGGUCUCCUAUACCUGCUUCUGUAUGGAUUGCGAGGGGGAGCCCACGAAAAUGAUCGGCUUAGAGGAACUCCUUAAACUGACGGACGGUGUGAAUCCCUUUGAAAUCCCUAAGGCUACCCCCUACAAAGAUUCACGAGUUCAGAAGCUAUUUUGCGCCCGCUUUGCCAUCGGAAUUAAAAUGCAAAUUGGCCUGCCUCCUGGUAUAGCACCAAUGGACUUGCUCCCAAUCAUCAGUCUGGGUGAGAGCGCAAGCAAUGUCAAGUUCACCAUGUGCUGCUCAGAUGUGACCGUCGUCGAACUUAAGCCUCCCGGUGGUUGGGUCUCUGAUGGAAAGUGGAACGUAUGGUCCCAGCCAUACGGCGAUCCGUGGUAUGUACAGACCAAGGUGAAUCUCACAAUGGCCUAUUUGAAUGAACAACUCGAUACACCAUAUCUGAACCAACACCCGAGAAUCAAGAAAAGACUCAAGGAAGCGCUGGGAAACCUCUCGGGCACCGCCUUCAGCUUACAGCAGCUUCUGAUUGACCUGGAUAGCGCCUUCUUGGAGACUGCUCCCAUCUUUAAGGGCGUCGACGACUCAGACGCUCUGGCUGUCCUACAGAAAUAUUUCGUCAAGAUCUAUAGUGACCAUGCAAAGGAUGGCCUGCCGUUGGUCGCUGUGACCGCCGUCGCGCAAUCCGCCGACAAGUCCUCCCUGAAGUUGACUGCAUUUGAGCGUGAGGUCAACCCCCCGAUAGGCAGUAGUGGCGGUAGAAUUGAGCAUCCAACCUCCAUCCAGCAGUCAGCUACAACUUUAAACUAUUUGUGUGCGGUCAACAAUCAUACACUUCCAGGGACGGCCAGCUUUGACUGGAACUGGGUGCUGCCGAAGGACAUUGACAACAUGAGUGGCAUUAUUGCCGUGAACCGCGAUACCUUCGCAGCGCAUCUCCGGGAUGAACUGGUUGCUUUAGCUGCACCAUAUUGCAUCAAGCCCAGGUGCAUAAUCACGGAUCAACCCAAAAAUUGGGAUAAUCCUGUCAAAUUCAAUGUGCAGCUGAACCCCGGGCAAACACCAGAUACUGCCCACGCCUCAGGAAAUGAGAUAUUUAUUUCAUAUUCGAAACCCGGAUACGAGGGGAGGGGACACAAUGGUGUUACUGGGGAGGUAUUUGAAGAGUUGAGAGUUGUGUCGACCUAUACGUUGAAUGCCAAGUUCCUUGGACAGACACUGACGGUCUCGCAACAUCUCUGCUUCUCUGCCACUGUCAGAUACAAUAUGCUCGGACCUUCCUCCUGCAAUCCGUUCGACAAGACCCUGACUACCACAUACACCAUCUCGGUCGAUGAGAACGGGGGGUUGGUAUUCAUCAAAGAGCCCCACGAAGUGUUAGUUGACAAUUCGCAGGACCCGGACUUGUCUGGCUUUUGGGGCAUGUAUGGCCUCACGGAUGUUUUCCACAAGCUCAAAAACCAAGUGUGGGCUAGUGUCGACUUUGGUGACCUGAAAUUCAAUAAACUUCAGAAUUUCAUCUUCCCCGGCGCGAAAGUAUUUACUUAUAAAGGGGCCAGCUUUUCCGAUUACCAAGAUCUUAUUUGCGAGAUUACCUACUUAGAUCCUGACCAGGUUGAGUCCACCACGCCCACGAAGCUUUUGGCCAAGCAAGCCUCGGGGUCUCUGAUAUCCUACCCUGCUAGGAGUACAGGCCGGGUUCUGGCAUUGACCACGUCGUCAGAGAUGAUGCAGAACUAUGUUCAAGGCGAGAUUGUAACCGCAACCGGCAAGUUUGAGGCGCUCCAAACCGACGACGGUCAUGCCUUACUCUUCGCUAUUGAUGAUUCGGGUGUCUUUCAUGUCAUUGUGGAGGAGAGUGGCGUGACUCAGACCGGAUGGCAGGUUCAGGACCUCUCCAGCUCGGCGAUCCAGGCCUACUUUUCAGCCAGCACGGACCCGGUAGUGAAGACAUUCGAUGUUGGAAGUGCCCUUGAUGGGAGCAUCUGUCUGGCGGUGGCUGUGACGGCUGAUGGGACGGACCACCUCUUGGUUUCAUUAAAUAAUUCGAGUUCAAAUACGCAGUGGACGUCAAACCCGCAGUGGGUACGCUUUGAUUUCGACGCGGACGGCGAGGGGUCCGGGGACAUUCAAAUCACCGGUACUCUUUUUGCAGAGACAAUGGACAAGCAGCAUUAUCUGAUAGUCGAUAUUGACCGCCAAUCACAGAGCCCCGCCAAGUUCAUAGAACGCUACUACGUCGACCCCUCGGUGUCGAUAGGGACGCGCUGGGUGAAACAUGAUGUAUCUGUUGAUAUCCAGGACGGCAACUACCGGAGUUGCAUCGGGCGUGUUAAGAAUGGCUAUGUCGAUGGGAUCUACACUGCAGGCAGCACUGGCGGAGAAGCCCAGUUUAUCUAUGAGCCAGUUAUUAAUGUCUUCGGUCGCGGGCCUCCAGCCCCUGUGCGAUUGCGACUACCUGGUGAAAACAUACCCUCAGCCAUAGCCACUAUGCGAAACCUGGAUAACGAUUCCCCUCUGUACGGGACAACUGAUCUAUAUGCAGUCGGCGGAUCGUCACUCUACCGCUUCGCUGCCGACCGCCAAAAGCGAAACGAGCUCCCAACGGCUGUUGUGACCAGUGACGUCUUGUUGGGGACAGACACGUUACUAGCUAUGAGCCAUGACGGAGUAACGACUCUGUGGGGAAGGAACAGUAGCGACGAGGUGUUCUAUGUCUCCUGUCCAGCAAAUCAACUUGACCUUCCCGGUUCGUGGAGUGCCUGUGUUCCCAUACUUACGAACAUCGAACGUAUGUCGGCCUACGUGAAUCAGGUGGAUGGAGGAAGUACCGUCUUUACAUCAGGCGGCGGCAGGCUGCAGAAGCUUAUGCAGGGUACAAGCAGUGCUAGCAAGAUCUGGCGAGCGCAAGAUAUAACAAUCACGUCUCCUCCGCAGACUAAGUCGCUUUCGUUCAACUCGUACACCACCACCAUCCAUGUUACAAAUGAGCAUGAUCUGCCAGCCAGGGAUGUCCUGCUGACUAUUUCUGCGAGCUCACGGACUCCUGUGUAUAUGAAUGGCGUCUACUAUGUGCUAGGAAACCUGCCAACCCAAGUUCACACGGAUGCUAUGGGAUCAGUGACCGUGAUUGAGGCAACAGAGGAUAUCAACGCAACUGUCUUCACGGUCUCGUUUAGCGGAGGAUCAGGAAGCAUCACCAUCAAUCCGAUGGAUAAGGUCUUCUCCAAACUGACCGCUCUCAACUCGACAGACAAGCUACAGGACGCCAGCUUCCCCAGCCAGACUACAGCGGGUGGAGUAGUCGGGGCACCUGCAUCAACUCCCCUCGUCGCACCUUCAACAGCCCGAAGAGACAUUGAAGUCGUCGCUGGCCACAUGGACAGUCUAAAAAGCGCAUAUAGUAAUGUGAAGGAAGCACAGUCCACGAUACUUGCGAGCCGUAACCACGGCGUUGUGCCAUCAACAUUGUUCCUUAAUUCUGGGAAGGUAUCCUCUGCCGGCCUCGGCCAUGAUAUAGCAAUAGCGGCCGGUGAUCUCUUCCGCUGGCUGAAGUCAGGUAUUGAUGCUGUCAUCAAUGUCAUCUAUGACGCGGCGAGCGGUGCAUGGCACUUCAUUGCGAAGAUCGCCGGUAUGGUCUAUCGUGCCGUCUUGGACACAGUAGAGGCCGUUGUAGGGGCUGUUGAGUGGGUCUUCAACGCCAUCAAGACAGUCAUUGAAGAUAUAAUUCGCUUCGUCGAAUUCCUUUUCGAGUGGGAUGAUAUCCGCCGAACUAAGGAUGUAAUGCACAACGUUGUCCGGCUGUGGCUUCGGCACCAGGUAGAUGGCAUUCCCAAGGCGAAAGCAGACUUUGAUCGGGAAAUCACCUCGGUUGAGCAAGCCCUGAAUCAGUGGACCGGCAUCACAGAUUGGGGAUCACUCGGGCCAGCAACAGAGCAGACAGCCUCUGGCAGUGCGUCUAACCCAGCCGAGGGACAAACAUCUGGCUCGCAGCUGUUGGCUGGCCACUUUCGCACCCAUGCCAGUGAGCUGAGGAUCCUCGGUGACAGCCCACCGUUUGAUGCAACCGAUAAUGUGAUCGACGAUUUGCUGACGGCGCUUUCCAAUGAGGGCGAAGUUCUCUCCACGACGUACACGCAGCUGAAGGAGUUGGCUAAGGACUUCAGCUCGAUGAAUGUAGAAGAUGUGCUGAAGAGGCUUGCCGGGAUUCUAGGCGAUGUAGUUCUGUCCAGCGCGCGGGUCGUGGUGGACGCCCUACUCGAUGUACUUCAUGACAUGGCGAGUGCAGCCGUUACCUUGCUAGACACAAAAAUCCACAUACCCGUCAUCUCCGAUAUUCUCAACGCUAUCGGUGUGCCUGACCUGUCCUUCCUGGACUUGUUCACCUGGAUCGCUGCUGUCGCCUAUACUGUUGUCUACAAAAUCGGGAAGAGUGAGGCCCCUUUCCCCGAUAAUAACGAGGUUCAGACCAUUAUUUCCGCCACCAGCUGGGACCAACUCGCAGGGAUGAUUUCAGGGCCAAGCAUGACGAUCUCCCCUUACAUGCAGAAGUGUAUAUUCAUUGCGGGCCAUUCUAUUUCCGGAUUCAUGUGCCUGACUGGCGACUUUGUCAACACUUUCGAAGCGGAGGCCGAAACAGGAGAAAACCCGUUCUCCACCCCAUCAGCCAUUAUGGGGGUCAUUGCGGCGGGCUCGCAAGGUGCCAGUGACUUUCUUGUGCCCAAGGACGCCAUAGAAAACAAAGCCGUGAGCACAAUCUCCACGAUCACCACAUGUGCCGUAAUCGCGGCCAAAGUCGUGUUCAGCGGCCCAGCGCAGAAGAGGUUCGGUGCUCCGGAGGGCAGCAAGUUUAAGCCGCUCGCUGUAGCUGAUGGGCGCGCCACGGGCGCCAUAGUUAACUCGAUCCUCGUAAUCCCCGCGCUGGUCGUAUCUGGGUGGCAUUUCUAUGAAUUAAUCACCAAACCUGCGGGGGCGACGCGCUCGGCGGCGAUUGUAGGCGAGGUAUCUAACCUGGCCUCUUAUAUCUCGCGUAUCGCGUAUGCAGUUGCGGACUACAAGCAGCGGAGGCUGUCAUCGACUGAGGAUCUUUCUUUGUAUAGACCGGCCUUUUCCUCCUUAACAAACGCUCAUGGGCAGCCGAUACUGAGACGACUGAAACACGGUACCGUUUGCUUGCUUCUACGUCACCAACUCCAUUUGAAGCGAGCAGUCAUGACCGUAUAUGGACUCUAUGGCCACCCAGUUCUUGCUAUAGCUGCUACAACGAGGCGUGGUAGGGUGAUUUGUGCCCUAUUCUUGAGAAGUCUUCAUAGUAUCAUUGCCCACAAUCACCAGCUUAUGGGCCCUUCGGAUUUAGGCGGUGACAAUUCUGAAGAAGCAGGGAAGAAGUCUGGUGGCCUCCCUACAGACCCACUAUUUUGUUCCGAUAUCCCGACUGGUAACGCCAAGACCCAGUCUCAGGAUCCUAUCCAGAUUGAUUGUGUAGGACUGCCCGCUGACAAAGCGGUUAAACUUGGUCUAACAAAUAACUCUCGUAUAAAAUGGCAGAUAUUCAAAGGUGAAGUCUACGCUCGUCAGUCAAUAAAAGAACCUAAGAACACAACAUCAAGGCACAUGUCGACUUUCAAGUAUUAUUCUCUACCCGGAUUCGGGGAACAAUGCCGCGAAAAGUACGGCUUUAGUGACUCCUGCAUCAUAGGCGACAGAAUGAUAGUUACUGGCCAGACUGGGAUGGAUCCCUUGACCUUGAAAAUCUCUCCCAUUUUCGAGGAAGAAGUCACCCAAGCGUUCCAAAACAUCAACGAUCUCAUCCUUCUUACACUCAAAAAGGAAGGCCGCACCAUUGAAGAAGGUAAAACUGGCUGGGAUUAUGUCGUCAAACUGCAUGCGUAUCUGGUCAAUUUGUCGACCAUGCGGGAUGAGGCCAGGGAGACGAUGGUGCGCCACAUAAAAAAGUUCUGCCCGAAUCAUCAGCCAUUAUUUACCAUGGUGGGUGUGGAAAGCUUGCCAUUUCCUGAACAUCAUAUUGAACUUGAGGUUGAUAUCUGGUUGAAAUGA